UUGUCCAAAUUAAUUCAGUGUUGGUUCAAAUACCGCGCACGCAACCGCGCUCGGAACGCCUCCUUUAUCACUCUCACUGCAACUUGGAACCUUGGAACCAGCAAGUCACACGCGACUGCUCUUCGUUGCUCCUCACUCAAGACCUACCCGUUCCGGCUUCUUGAGCAUAAAUUCAUCUUCUCCGCGCUUAGAAAUUAUCCAUCUUGGGAUUUUCAGAAAGAACGUUUCACGGCAGUGGAUCUCGUCGAGCAGAUGGGAAAAUUCCGGCUUGGUACAUGUUUCGGCCUAGCAUGGACACCAUUCGGAGGAGAACUGAUGGUCAUAGAGGCUAAUCGCUGCAGCGGCAAAGGAAAAACUGUGAUGACCGGGAAACUUGGCGAUGUACUCCGCGAAAGUGUGGACGUUGCCCGAACGUGGAUUCGGGCCAAUGCAACAAGGCUCCACGCCGACAACCUAGACGGUGCUGACCUUCACGUCCACUUACCAUCAGGCGCUGUGGGCAAGGAUGGACCGUCUGCAGGUUGCGCUCUAGUCGCAGCCCUUUUCUCCCUGGCUAGCAACAGGCUUGUACGAGCUGACACUGCAGUCACCGGAGAAAUCAGCCUCACAGGACAUAUCCUUCCGGUGGGCGGGAUCAAGGAGAAAGUUCUCGGAGCUCAUCGUGCUGGUAUUCGACGGGUUAUUCUACCACUGGCUAAUCGGAGUGAUGCUGAGCACAUCGACAAGUCGAUCAAGGAUGAAAUGGAUAUAAAAUUUACCUCCGAUAUCGACGACCUGCUGGAGAAGAUCAUGGAGAAGGACGGUGUCUCGAAUGUUCUCUCAAAGUUAUAG